CAACCAUAUAAAAUAAAAAAUAAAAAAAAAUAAAAAAAAAGCCAAAACUGCAUCCUCUCUCUCUCUCACGCACACACACACACGCACGCACGCACGCAAUCAAGGGAAAAUAAUAAUAAUAACAACAACAAUAAUAAUAAUAAUAAAGAUCGGAGUUACCGGAUUCUGAUAGACUGCCUUCUGAUGAUCCCGCUUUGAUGUUCGGAUUUUUAUGCUUCCUAUCGUUUAUGCCAAUCAUCAUAUUCAAGGGGCCAAAGUUUCAAGAGUUCAGGAUCUUCAUAUGAACCAUUGCCAAUGGCAGAGACUCGAAAUGUUAAUGUGAAAUCUUCAAAUGGAAAGGUGUCCGGGGCCAGAAAUCCUUAUGCCAUCAAUCUGGAUAAUUUCAGUAGGCGGUUGAAGAUUUUAUAUUCACAUUGGAAUGACUACAAACGUGAACUAUGGGGUGCUUCGGACGCAAUUACAAUAGCAACUCCUCCGACCUCUGAAGAUCUUCGCUACCUGAAAUCGUCAGCUCUCAAUAUCUGGUUGGUUGGUUAUGAGUUCCCUGAAACAAUCAUGGUUUUCAUGAAGAAGCAGAUCCAUGUUCUAUGUAGCCAGAAGAAGGCCUCUCUGCUUGAUGUUGUGAAAAAGUCAGCCAAAGAUGCUGUGGGUGUUGACGUCGUGUUGCACGUAAAGCCCAAAAGUGAUGAUGGAACUGGACUUAUGGAUAGUAUUUUCCGUGCUGUCAAUGCUCAGGCCAAGUCCAAUGGUCGUGAUACUCCUGUUGUUGGACACAUUGCGAGAGAGGCUCCUGAAGGGAAGCUUUUGGAGAUGUGGGCUGAAAAAUUGAAGAAUUCAAAUUUCGAGCUAACUGAUGUAACUAAUGGGUUCUCAGACUUGUUUGCUGUCAAAGACAAUAAUGAGCUUACCAAUGUGAAAAGAGCUGCAUUUUUAACUUCGUCGGUCUUGAGGAGCUUUGUGGUCCCUAAGCUUGAAAAGGUCAUUGAUGAGGAAAAAAAGGUUUCCCAUUCUUCAUUGAUGGAUGACACAGAAAAAACCAUACUAGAACCUGCAAAAAUAAAGGUGAAGUUGAAGGCAGAGAACGUUGAUAUUUGUUACCCUCCAAUUUUCCAAAGUGGGGGAGAUUUUGAUCUGAAACCAAGUGCUUCAAGCAAUGACGAGAACCUUUGCUAUGACUCUACUAGUGUGAUUAUAUGUGCUGUUGGAUCUCGGUACAACAGCUAUUGCUCAAAUGUCGCUCGAACCUUUCUAAUUGAUGCCAAUGCUAUACAGAGCAAGGCUUAUGAGGUUCUCCUCAAAGCUCAAGAAGCAGCAAUUAGUAAAUUAAAAUCUGGAAACAAGGUAAGUGUUGCGUACCAAGCAGCACUUUCAGUAGUUGAGAAGGAUGCUCCUGAAUUGGUUACGAACUUGACCAAAACUGCAGGAACUGGAAUUGGGCUUGAGUUUCGUGAGUCUGGGCUUAACCUUAAUGCCAAGAAUGAUCGAACUUUGAAAACAGGCAUGGUUUUCAAUGUGUCUCUUGGCUUUCAGAAUUUGCAGGCGGCCACCAAGAACCCAAAGACCCAAAAAUUUUCACUUUUGCUAGCAGAUACUGUUAUUGUUCAGAAAGAUGUCCCUGAAGUGUUGACACAUUUGAGUUCUAAAGCUGUCAAGGAUGUGGCAUACUCCUUUAAUGAGGAUGAUGACGAGGAAGAAGAGAGACAAAAAGUAAAAUCAGAGACUAAAGGUGUUGGGACUACCUUGUCCAAGGCAACACUUAGGUCUGACAACCAGGAGAUGUCUAAGGAAGAGCUACGCAGGCAGCACCAGGCAGAACUUGCUCGUCAGAAGAAUGAAGAAACUGCAAGGAGGCUUGCUGGUGGGGGUUCGGCUUCAGCGGAUAAUCGUGGCAAUGGGAAGACAAUUGGUGACCUAAUUGCGUAUAAGAAUGUCAAUGAUCUGCCUUCUCCAAAAGAUUUGAUGAUUCAGAUUGACCAAAAGAAUGAAGCCAUCCUCUUUCCGAUAUAUGGAACCAUGGUUCCUUUUCAUGUGGCCACGGUGAAGAGUGUGUCCAGCCAGCAGGACAGCAAUCGAAACUGCUACAUCCGUAUUAUCUUCAAUGUACCUGGCACACCAUUUAAUCCUCAUGAUGCAAACUCUCUCAAGUUUCAAGGGUCAAUUUAUUUGAAGGAAGUCUCAUUUCGCUCUAAGGACUCCAGGCAUAUAAGUGAAGCUGUCCAGCUGAUUAAAACCCUUCGCCGACAGGUUGCCUCUAGGGAGUCUGAAAGAGCUGAGAGAGCCACUUUAGUUACUCAAGAGAAGCUUCAACUUGCAGGAGCAAAGUUUAAGCCAAUACGUCUGUCUGAUCUAUGGAUUCGCCCCCCCUUUGGUGGUCGUGGAAGAAAGCUUACUGGAUCUAUUGAAGCCCAUGCAAAUGGGUUUCGCUAUUCUACUUCAAGGCCUGAUGAACGUGUGGAUGUUAUGUUUUCCAAUGUCAAGCAUGCCUUCUUCCAGCCAGCAGAAAAGGAAAUGAUCACUCUGCUGCACUUUCAUUUGCACAAUCACAUUAUGGUAGGAAACAAAAAGACCAAGGAUGUGCAAUUUUAUGUUGAGGUGAUGGAUGUCGUCCAGACACUAGGAGGUGGAAAGAGAUCUGCCUAUGAUCCAGAUGAGAUUGAGGAAGAACAACGUGAACGGGACCGAAAGAACAAAAUUAAUAUGGAUUUCCAAAACUUUGUGAAUCGAGUGAAUGAUUUAUGGGGGCAACCUCAAUUCAAAGUACUUGACCUUGAGUUUGAUCAGCCUCUCAGAGAGCUUGGCUUCCAUGGAGUACCCCACAAGGCUUCGGCUUUCAUUGUGCCCACCUCAAGCUGCCUGGUUGAACUGAUAGAGACACCGUUUGUGGUAAUUACUCUAAGUGAGAUUGAGAUAGUCAACCUUGAGAGAGUUGGCCUUGGGCAGAAGAACUUUGAUAUGACUAUAGUAUUUAAGGACUUCAAGCGGGAUGUAUUUAGAAUUGAUUCCAUCCCCUCAACAUCCUUAGAUGGAAUCAAAGAGUGGCUAGACACAACUGACCUCAAGUAUUAUGAAAGCAGGUUGAAUCUGAAUUGGCGGCCUAUACUGAAGACUAUUACCGAUGAUCCCGAGAAGUUCAUAGAGGAUGGUGGAUGGGAAUUUUUGAACAUGGAGGUUAGUGAUUCAGAUUCUGAUAACUCAGAAGAGUCAGACAAAGGGUAUGUGCCUUCAGAUGUUCAGUCCGACUCAGGUUCAGAUGACGAGGAUGAUGACAGCGAGUCAUUAGUGGAAUCUGAGGAUGAUGAUGAAGAGGACUCUGAAGAAGACUCAGAGGAAGAUGAAGGAAAGACAUGGGAAGAGUUGGAGAGGGAAGCAAGCUAUGCAGAUAGGGAAAAAGGGGCUGAUUCUGAUAGUGAAGAGGAAAGGGCAAGGAGGAAGAUGAAGACUUAUGGAAAGUCGCGAGCACCGGACAAGAGGAACCUUGGAGGCAGCCUUCCUAAGAGGCCCAAAUUAAGGAGAUAGGUGUCUGCUUUUCUUGCUCUUACCGUUUGUUAUACUUAUGCAGUGGCUUCGGCAUUAUCUGUAGAUGUAACUUGUGUAACUUUCUUAUUAGAGUUGUUCCAUCUUCUAGAUGUUAAGAAAGCGUUAUGAAGUGCUCCACCACAAAUAAUAUUUAAAAAAGAAGGAAAGAAAAAGGGAUGCAAUGAAGGGUGAUAGUUGUACUUUCUUUUCACGUGUAUCAAAUGUUUUUUUUGAAUUUAUUAACUUUCUGCUUGUAAUAUAGUCGGGAGUAAAACUUAUUGAGAAAUUUUACAUAUAAUCUAUGCUAUUCUUGUUUGUGUUA